ACCUUUUUUUUUUUUUUUUUCGUGAGCCGGGCGAGCAGACGACACGCGCGACGACGUAGGCACGUGUUUCGUCGCUGAUUGGCUAGCUUUUUCGAACUCUCGCCCAAUGGCGCUAGCUCAGCGAGCUACAUUUGUUCGGCGAGGGGAAAUGGCGGCUCUUUUUCAAAUCUGUACUUUUUUUUUUUAUUUUAUUAUUAUUUUUCCGCUGGUGAGGCUGCUUUGGCGUUGUUGGUGGAAUGAAGAAACGCUCGCGCGCGCGCUCUCUCUUCAAAGUCCGUCUGCUGCAAUUGAUGCGUUGGAAGCUACACGAACUUUUUUGUUGUUGGAGAGACCGCGGGCAGACCCCCUUUCUCCUCUUUUUGCCGCCACGGAAGAGCUACAGCGAAGCUGGGGCACGUCCGUCCAAUAAGCAACUCCAGCCAAACAUUUCUUCUUCCGAGAGGCGCAGACUUUAUAAUUAGAUACCCUCCCCCCUUCCACUUCCACCCCUCCCCAAAAGCCCCAAAAGUAAGCAACCCGUGCCCCCCUCCCCCUACACUCCUUUUGCAUAGCUCCAGAGGGACAAAGUUCAAUUCGGCUUUUCUUCGCAUCGUUAUUUCUUUUGCUCUCUCUUGUCGUCGGCGUAUUUGUUCACGCCUACUCGUCCGGCUAUGCGAGAGAAAACACGCUCGCGUAAAGUACAAAAACACAACAAAAAACAGCGGAAGAUCGGAGGAUGCUCUAGCAUCCAGACUAGCUGCGAAGCGAGCGGUGGAGCAAGCAGAUCUCAUCCGUCCUGGGCAUCACGUGCCAUGUUCUCCGAGUCGGACCUCCACAACCCUAGCCUGGACGCUCAAGUCGCGGCGGCCGUGGCCUACCAGAACAUCCGCGACCACGGCCUGAUGCGGCGCCCUCCGUACCACCUUCACCAUCACCACGACGUGGCCAACCCGCCCUUCUACCAAUUUGAAGACGUCCCGUUGCCCUGCUCCGCUGGAGUGUACGAACACUGCGGCAUCGUCGAGCCGGCGACUGCUGCGGCGGCGGCCUACCUGUACAACCCGACGUCGAUGGUGUACGACUACGGCAGCAGCUGUCCCGACUGCUGUGACCGGGAACUGGCCCUGUCGGACGCCGCCAAGUCGUCCGGAGACGACGCUACCUGUCCUGGCCGCAGACCGACGCGCAAGCGUAGCCUGUCCCAGGCCGAGCUGGAGCGUCGGAGGUCGCUGGCGAACCACCAGGAGAGGCGACGGAUGCAUCGACUCAACUCUGCCCUGGAUCGGCUGAGGAGUGCCAUCCCGUUGAGACUUCAGAGCGGCGGCGGCGGUGCUUCUAACUCGAGCAGUCCAAGUUCCAGGAGACUUUCGAAGAUAAAGACUCUGAAGAUGGCCAUCAGCUACAUCGGGGAGUUGCAGACGGUGCUGGGAGUCGCCGCCGCGGGUUCGGGACGGUGUUGGAACUGACGACGUGUGCUUCGGCGCAGGUCGAUUGAGUCGAUACUCGCAGUGCCGGAUUCGUUUCGUCGGCGGCACAGGCCAGCGGAGAGCUGGCAGACAAGCUCGAAGACAAGAUCAACCAAAUCGGACAGCGUA